AUGGGAUUAAAUAAAUCGAUUAUUUUAAUCAACCGUAGCCGUAUGGCACCCGUAGAUGCCCUGAGCCGCGCCGCCCCGCCGACUUUCGACACGGAAGAAAUAUCGGUCGAACACGAGCUUACCAAACGGCUCGACGUCUUUGUUGCUAUGACUGUCGUGGACAAAGUGCGGUUUAUGCAACAAGGUGACGCCGCGAGCGCAAAUCUGAUUAAUUUGAUGAAAACAACAAGAAAACUCACCAAGCACGAGAAGUCCCUGACUGAGCCGUACGAACUACACGAUGGUGUCCUGUACCGAAGACAUGCCGGAAAAUCGUUAUUAGUCGUGCCUCGGUCGAUGAGGAAAGGGAUCGUCGUUGGUGCACACGAUUACGGGGGUCAUUUUUCGUUGGACCGAACUGUCGCAAAGAUCACCGAGGACUAUUGGUUUACCGGACUACGCCGAUAUGUCAAACAGCACAUCCAAAUGUGCCUGGAUUGCCUAAUACACAAGGUACCCGCCGGCAAGAAUCCAGGCUACCUACAUCCAAUAUCGACUGGUAGGCGACCGUUCGAAGUAGUACACAUCGACCAUCUGGGUCCUUUUGAAACCAGCGCCACAGGUAACAAGUACCUAUUGGUACUGGUGGAUAACCUAACAAAAUACACGCAUCUGUAUCCGUGCCGUACCACGGACACCGCCGGUGUACUGAACAGAUUGACGAAAUUCUGUGACACGCGCGGAAUUCCCGGACGUAUCAUAAGCGAUCGUGGUACCUGCUUCACCGGGAAGGCGUUUGGGAAAUUCUGCCAAAGUCGAGGUAUUCGCCACACGUUAAACUCAACACGUCACCCGCAGGCCAAUGGGCAGGUCGAGCGCGCGAAUCGGACCAUUGUGCCAUUGUUAGCCAUAAUGACAACCAAUCAAGAUCGAUGGGACGAACGGAUACCGGAACUGGAGAGACACCUCAACUCCGCCGUAAACAAAACAAGCACUCGUACACCCUUUGAGGCACUCCAUGGAUACCGACCAAGGUAUGUGGGAGGCGUGGUCAACACACUGAGCCGUUCUAGUGGUGAAUGGACCAACCCAAAUGACGUGCAAGACUCUGUACGAAAUGCUAUUGCCACAGGCCAGGCAAACAUGAAGGCCUAUUACGACCGGAACCGUUAUCCGGGAACAAGGUACGAAGUGGGGGAGGUCGUUGUUAUGUUACGGCAACCACGUCCAGAUCAACCCACUAAACUACAGGCAAAAUAUCGAGAGAAGCCCCUACACGUGAUGGAGGUGUUGCCAGGAGACACCUAUAGGGUGGCUGAGGUGGCCUCCGACGGUCGAGAGGUGUACGCCACCACCGCCCACACCACUCAGCUAAAAUCAUGGAAGAUUCUGCAAAUGCUGAUA